CCAGUUCCCAGAGAGAGGAAGAGUAGAAACCAUAAAUGAGUGCUGUCCUCAACCAAGGUGCUGAAGAAUACCCCCUGGCAUUCUGCUACCAGGUGAAUGGGUCUUGCCCCAGGACAGUCCAUCCUCUGGGUAUUCAGGUGACCAUCUACCUCGUCUGCGCAGUAGGCAUAAUUAUUAUAGUCCUAGGAAAUUUGUUUGUGGUGUUCACUGUUUCUUACUUCAGAGUACUUCACACUCCCACUAACUUCUUGCUGCUUUCUCUGGCCCUGGCUGACAUGCUUCUGGGUCUGUUGGUAUUGCCCCUCAGCACUGUUCGCUCAGUGGAGAGCUGCUGGUUUUUUGGAGACUUCCUCUGCCGCCUGCAUACUUACUUGGACACCCUCUUCUGCCUCAUCUCCAUCUUUCAUCUCUGUUUCAUUUCCAUUGACCGCCACUGUGCCAUCUGUGAGCCUCUGCUCUAUCCUUCCAAGUUCACAGUUAAAGUGGCUUUCAGGUUCAUCUUGGCAGGGUGGGGGAUGCCAGCAGGUUAUACUGCCUUCUUUAUCUACACAGAUGUAGUAGAGAGAGGGCUCAGCCAAUGGCUGGAAGAGAUGCCUUGUGUGGGCAGUUGCCAGCUGCUGUUCAAUAAAUUUUGGGGCUGGAUAAACUUCCCCGUGUUUUUUUUCCCCUGCUUCAUUAUGAUCAGCUUGUAUGUAAAGAUCUUCGUGGUUGCUUCCAGGCAGGCCCAGCAGAUCAGCUCCCUCAGCAAAAACCUGGCUGGGACUGCCAAGCGUGAAAGAAAAGCUGCCAAGACCCUGGGUAUCGCUGUGGGCAUAUACCUCUUGUGCUGGCUUCCCUUCACUAUCGACACACUGGUGGACAGCCUCCUUAAUUUUGUCACGCCACCCCUUGUCUUUGACAUCUUUAUCUGGUUUGCUUAUUUCAACUCAGCCUGUAACCCAAUCAUCUAUGUCUUUUCUUACCGGUGGUUCAGGAAGGCACUGACACUCAUUUUGAGUCGGGAGAUCUUUUCACCUCGGACACUCACCAUUGAUUUGUACCAAGAAUAACUCUUUUAACUGAAUUCAGGAAAGUGGGAGGCCUUUGCAGGAAGGAUGAGUGGUGCUGUAGCAGUGGGCUGUG